AAAAUGAUCUCCCAGGGUUCUUUGCACUUUGCCAGCAGUCUGCACAAGAAUGUAACCUGUCUCAGCACUCUCUAACUGCCUUUGGAAUGCCUCCUGUGUUUGGGGGUUGAAUAUUGCUGGAUCACAAGCUUUGCAAUCAGCUAAAUGAUGGUUGAGGUUGUAAAAACCAGCUAAAUGCCAUUAUAAAAUGAUUAUUUGUGCUAUACAAAUACUUUUUAUGUCUGUUGUCAUUUGGAGGAGUGACAAGUUUCAUAGUUCAACUUCCUUUGUGGAUUUCUCAGUAAGUGAUCAAGGACUGCAGUGAUGUGAGCCUUUUGUAAACGCUGUGUUCUUUAACACUUAGUGUUCUGACCAGAAUACUUGAAGGCCAAGUGCAACCAGAAGGGAAGAUGUGUUAACCGGCAGACAACAAGAAAAGAAAAAAAAGCUGGCACAGGGGGUAUGUGGAGCAGAAAACUUAGCAAUAAUGUGACUUCCCAGGAAGAGGAACAAACGGGCACUCUGGAGAUCCUGAGCGGGUCAGAUAAAAAGUCUGGGACCCCAUGCUGGAGGGGACACAGAGAAGAGAGAAUGCAGAUCCGGGCGGUUUCCUUGAAGCUCCCAUUACCAGCCCUGGAAAAGUUGUGCAGGAAUAAGUAAGGACAGCAAGGACCCGAACUGGCCUUGAUGUGAGUGGCCGAGGUAUAAAGAAACACCUAGAAGACCUGCAAACGCCAAGGCUUCCUACAGCUACAAAGAAAAGUCCAAGCAAAUCUUGCUUCUGUACUGAGAUGGAUGGAAAAGCCCCAAGGAAGCCUAGAGAACAAAAGGUCAUCCACCAGGGGGCAGGAUGGAAAAUGCCCCUCCUCCUUGUACUGUGCCUGCUACAAGGUUCUUCUUUGGCCCCUUCACACAGAGGACCCCAUCUCAGAUGGCUGCAGGACAACUUUCUCCCCUCUGGCACCCACCUCUGCAUCAUGGAAACAUUCUUGUCUUCCUCACCCCUCUGCUGGCAGGAGGAGAGUUCCUUGGCAGCUGCAAAUACAUUGAAGGGCCCGAAGCUGGUAGCUGGGAAACCUGGGGGAGCUGUCACCAUCCAGUGCCAUUACACCCCCUCGUCAGCCAACAGGCACCAGAGGAAGUACUGGUGCCGUCUGCAGCUGCCAACGAGGAUCUGCCACACAAUUGUGUCCAGCAACCACUACACUCACCGUGACUACCAGGGUCGUGUGACUCUAGCAGACUUCCCACAGAGCAGCUUGUUUGUGGUGAGGCUGUCCCAACUGUCCUUGCAUGAUGUGGGACAGUACCGUUGUGGCAUUGGAGACAGAAACAACAGGCUGUUCUUGAACAUGAAUCUGACGGUCUCUGCAGGUCCUUCCGAAACCAUCCCCACAGCCACUUCAGCUGCUGGUGAGCUAGUCACGACAUCCUUUGAGACAGGAUCUCCAGCAUCCAACAGAUGGAUCCCAGGAGCCACCCAUACUCUAGGACAGGGGACAGAAUGGGACAGAGUUACUUCAACUUCCGGAACCAGCAAAAUCACAACUCCAGCAAAGGGAAGACAAACCCCUGCUACAGCCUGGGAAGAAGCUCUGGAGACAGGCAGUGGGGCAGAGGGGUCCAUCAAGGCAACAGUCCCUGCUCCAGAGAGUCCAGCUUCAAAACCCAGAAGUGUGUUCAAAACAACAGAAAGUGUUCAGGAGUGGGGCACCUAUAGCUUAGUCACGAACACACCUAGGGCCAGCGAGAGUGGGAAGGAGAGGACUACUGAGGCUGAUAGGGCAGGGCAGGAAACAGACAGGGUCAGGACGGAGCCAGAUGCAGCCAGGAGAACCACAGGAACCAUGAGGCCAUCAGCCCCAGUCUCAGAACAGCUGGCCCAGGAAACCCUCCGAGAAGCAACACCUGUUUCUAGGCAACAAGCCCUGGGCUCCACUGAAGGAGCAACCCCACCUACAGGCAUGUGGACCUUGGACACCACGAGCACAGAGGCAGCAUCUGUGGAAGGAAGCACUUAUGGAGACCUACACAGCACUGUGGGAUACAGGGGUCCCCAAGCAAUGCCAAGUCAGGCUCCAGCCACGGGUCCCCAAGCAACACCAAGUCAGACCCCAGCAACUGGUCCCCAAGCUACGCCAAGUCAGACCCCUGCAAUACCAACUCAGGCCCCAGUAACAGGUCCCCAAACAAUGCUAAGUCGGACCCCAGUAACAGGUCCCCAAGCAACGCCAAGUCAGACCCCAGUAACAGGUCCCCAAGCUACGCCAAGUCAGACCCCAGUAACAGGACCCCAAGCAACGCCAAGUCAGGUCCCUGCAAUGCCAACUCAGGCCCCAGUAACAGGUCCCCAAGCAACGCCAAGUCAGACCCCUGCAACAGGUCCCCAAGCAACGCCAAGUCAGACCCCUGCAACAGGUCCCCAAGCAACGCCAAGUCAGAUCCCAGUAACAGGUCCCCAAGCAACGCCAAGUCAGACCCCUGCAACAGGUCCCCAAGCAAAGCCAAGUCAGACCCCUGCAACAGGUCCCCAAGCAACGCCAAGUCAGACCCCUGCAACAGGUCCCCAAGCAACGCCAAGUCAGACCCCUGCAACAGGUCCCCAAGCAACGCCAAGUCAGACCCCAGCACCAGGCUCCCAAGCAACACCAAGUCAGGCUCCAGCAACAGGCCCCCUAAAGCCCCCUGGCAUGGAGUCCUCCAUGAAGAGUGCUUUUCCAGAGGUGGAGAGCAGCUUUCAGAUCCUGACUCCAGUCUGCACUGUGCUAGCCCCAUUUCUGAUUGUGGCUCUGGUCCUAUUGCAAAGGAAGCUCCAAGGAAAUGGACCAUCUCAGGAGGCAGAAAAAACACCCAGGGUCACCCUGAUUCAGAUGACACAUUUCCUGGAGUCAACCCUUUCACCAGCUCAUCUGUCUCAUGAGGAGAGAAAGACACUGCAGGGUGACUCUCCUACCCAAGCAGAUCCGACGGCCCCAGAAAGGAACCCAGGGCUCUCAGGAAUGGAAAAAUAAAUGGCUCAGUGCCAUGGAAGGAGGACCAAGACCAAGCAUGUCCAUGACCUUAGUCCCUCGUGUCCACCUGGGGAAGCAGCAGCUGACUGUCUCAGGCCUAGAAGGUGAAGCCUUCUCCACAGCCAAAGGUAGCCGAAUGACUCAAGGAAGGCUUCAAGAAAGGACCUAUUAGACACUGGAAGAGGUCACCUAGGAAAACUGUGGAAUUCCAACUCCUGCAUGUUUAAAAAUGUAAGAGGCUUCCAACCAAUCUGGAGGAUGACAACUUCUCUACCAUCACCCCAGCCCUCUCUGGGUGCCCCCUUGUCUGUUAGUAUGAAGUCUGCUGUUCACAUUGAAGCCUACUCAAGCAUGCCAGGUCCUGUCUGUUCAUGCCCAGUCUAAACUGCUUUAUGGCAGUAACUGUGUUUUAUCCAUCUAUGUCCCAAGAGAAUUUCCAACUCGGUGGGCUCCCCCAUAAAUAUCUGUGACUGGCUGAGGGAAGAGAGGGACUAGGUGGCCUCUGAGGAGACACCCAGGCCAGCACCCUAAAUCUCCCUGUGUCUCCAUCACUUCAUUUGGGAGUCCCCUAAAUGUCCCUAUUGGUAGGUAGUUUCUACAAGGAGACCAAAGGGAAGAAAAUCCACCCCUCCACUCACAGCCUUUCUUUGGGUCCAUUCUCAUUAUGUCAUGGAUCUUCUCACUCAGCCAAGACUUUCUGGAAUUUCCUAAAUUCAUGGAGGAAGAAAGUAUUUUUUAGUAAAUUUUUAUCUUUAUAAA